AUGUUUUUUAUAACUAUUUACAACUUCCUCAAUAUUAUACAAAGCACUCUCUAUUAUUUAAAGAAAGGUGGAAAUAAAUUUGUGCCAAUCCAAGCGCAUAUCCACUUUGGCUCACCUAUAAAAAAAGGAUCCGAGCAUUCGUUAAAUAGAAAGUUUUUUCAAGGCGAGAUGCACCUUGUUCAUCUAAAUGCAAAGUACAAGCUGGCAGAAGUGUCUCAACACAGUGAUGUGCUGCUUGUCAUAGGAGUGUUUGUGAAACUAACAGUACGGAGAAGGUCGAGUUCAAUCUUUUCGCAGUUAGGUGGUCAUGCGGGUGAACUUAAUCAACAAGGGAACAGUGUAAAGGUCCCGGCAUUUCCUUUGGCCAAUUUUAUACCAUGCCGUGCUAACUUGAAACGUACACCAUAUGUCAACUACCGUGGCUCGUUGACCACACCACCAUGCACUGAGAAUGUUGAUUGGGUUGUACUUACCAGUCGUGUGCAUACAAUUAACCUCCGAGAUCUACGAGCAAUUAAUAAAGUUCUGGAUUGUGAAAAUUUACCAAUGUACGGAAAUUAUCGGCCAGUACAAGCAACAAAUGGACGGAAGUUGUACGGAGUCAACAUGAGACCAAAGCAUAAAACAAGAAAAUUUUGGUACUAGUAAUUACGUAUAGUCUCUUCUAGAGUUGUUACAAUUCUUAAAAAGAGAAUAAAUCUUUGUAACGUGAGGUUCUUUGAAUUGUUUUCUCCCCCCCCCCCAAAAAAAAAAAAAAAAAAUUGCCACACUUAUAGUACGUCACAAAAGGAACAAAAUGGCGGGAAUAAAUUCUUGCUUACAUCAGCACUUUGUCGAUGACGUCAUCAA